AUGACGAAAAAUAAUCUCGCCCUACACCUCAAAUGGCUACUGAAACAAGGGCCGUCGCUGUACCCCACGUUGUCCACCGACAACCCACCAAUUGAUCCCGGCAGUCGCGUCUCGCAGCAACCCACUCCACCAUCCGACGAAAACGAGUUUCUAGACCAACUUUUGGAGGAUGCUGAUGACGUGAAAGAUGAGAAUAUGGCAAGACUCAUGCUCGCGCCGUCGUCCGAGAGCAAACCUCGAAUGCUCAGUCGAGGCGAUACACGGCCACCGAGUUCACCCACAACGAUCAAAAAGCCCUCUUCGUCAAGAAGUGUAGUUCAAGAGUCGUUCCUCGAGCCGCCCGCGUCGUCCUUUAAGAGCACGCGAUCAAAAGCCACUCCAAUUCGAUCAGACCGCAAACCCGCAACGUCCCCAUUUGAUGCGAUCGAGUCUAUUGAUCUGACUGGAGACCCUGAUCGAUUCCUACCUUCAACUUCAAACCUCGACUUAGGAGAAUCACGACGCCUGUGGACGGAGGACUCUGCAUCGCGCCAACCCUCACUUGAGAAACGAGGAAAGAAACGGAAAAGCGAUGAGUACACUUCGGAUCUCCUUUCGCCUUCGAAACAUGCGAACAAAGUACGGUCGCCUCUGAAAGCCAACAAACCCUCCAUUUCAAAAGACGUUAUACCGGAGAUACCGAGUCGAACCAGUCGGGUAGACCGUUCAAACGGAGUGAAACUUGACAAGCCCAGUUCGCCAGACCUUCCGCGGAGGAGCCGAAAGCGAGAAAUUGCGGACUCUGAUGAAGAAGACCUGUUUGGUGAUAGUUGGCUCAAUGACGACGAUAUGAUCAUUGAUGCCAAUACAGGGCUGUAUCCAAAGCUCCCUGCAGUGAGCCCUACGGAUGAUGGGAAGGAUACGUCGGAGCCAGAUGUUGAACGACAAGCAGCACGCAAAGAUAAGAGUCCGAAGAAGAAGCCCUCAAAGCCCCAGCCGCCCACUUUAGGAACAACGGUGCCAAGCUCACAAGCCAAAGAUGAGAACAUCCUCAAGUUUAUGGCUCUUUCUUCGGAGGUCCUAGAGAAGGCGAUUCAACGGUUACAGCAAAUCCUUCAGAAGAACGCUGAGGUCGUCUACGAACAGGCGAUGGCGGGUCGACCAGCACCGGAAUUGAUUGCCGCAAACAAAGACCUCGUCUCGCAGAUUCAAGCAAUUGAGUCAUUGCAAAGACAGAAGCAUUCACACAACGAUUGCUCCGCUCGCAAGGAAACCCUCAAGCGGGAUGUCAUGCGUGUAAUCUCUCAGGGCUUAGAUCCAACCACUCUUCCGGAACUUUCUGAAAGCCGAGCAGUCGAGGCAGAGCUGGAGAAGGUAGAAUGCAAGAUACGCGACCUUCUUCCACGAGCCAAAAUAUUCGAUCUUGCCGCAGAGCUUGGUGCAGAUUGCCAAGAUGCGCCAAGUCACGUCUCACUGUCCAGGGGGCAGUCUGAACACUUGACCUCGAGAGAGCCAGCGCCUGUGUAUCAACGACCCCAGCCCUCUCUUUCGAGCUCGGGGAACGUCCAGGAAGGUACAUGGGUACCUGACCAGAUUAACCGACCUCGAAAUGGAGAAUCCUUUGUCUCGCGAACCAUGGCUUCGCCAACAAUUGACUUCGACGAAUUCGAUUGGAGCGACAGCGACGAUGAGAUGCUGGAAGUGGUUGGGAGUUUUGAAAAUCAACCCCAGGUGCCUGUUCGGGAGUCCACACAGAACCGCAAGGUGUUUGCAGAGACAUCUGGAAACACAUCUCGCAUGCCUAUGCCUCCUCCGAAGAAGUCACCUGGCCGUAGCAAUUUCUGGUCUAACCAUCCAUGGUCACAGGAAGUGAAAACAGUGCUGAAAGACAGAUUCCAUCUGCGUGGGUUUCGUCCAAAUCAAUUAGAAGCUAUUGAUGCAACUCUUGGCGGCAAGGACACUUUCGUCCUGAUGCCAACCGGCGGUGGCAAGUCUCUGUGCUAUCAGCUUCCUUCUAUCGUUACGAGCGGCCGUACACAUGGCGUGACACUGGUUGUCUCUCCGCUACUGAGUUUGAUGCAAGAUCAGGUGGAUCACCUUCGAAAGUUGAACAUCAAGGCCUUCUUGAUGAAUGGUGAAUCAGACAAGACCGAGCGGUCAUGGAUACUUGGUCAGUUGUCCAACGGGGAUGGGGAAGGCUUGGAGCUGUUGUAUAUCACACCAGAGAUGAUCAACAAGAACCAGACUUUGGUCAGGGCUCUCGAGAACCUUCAUCACCGGAAAAAGCUUGCACGACUGGUUAUUGAUGAGGCCCAUUGUGUCAGCCAGUGGGGACAUGACUUCCGACCAGACUACAAGGAACUGGGUGAAGUCCGAGCCAAGUUGCCAGGUGUGCCUGUUAUGGCUCUGACUGCUACGGCAACAGAGAAUGUCAAGGUAGAUGUUAUUCAUAAUCUCAAGAUGACCGGAUGCGAGGUCUUCUUACAGUCCUUCAACCGGCCGAAUUUGACCUACGAGGUGCGGCCUAAAGGGAAGAACGAUGAAGUGCUCGCCAGCAUCGCCGAAACGAUCACAACGUCUUACAAAAACCAGUGUGGAAUCGUUUACUGUCUGUCGCGCAAGACAUGUGAGAAAGUGGCUGAUGACCUUCGCAAAAAGUACAAACUCAAGGCCGCACAUUAUCAUGCUGGCAUGAAAUCUGAGGCUAAAGCCAAGGUGCAGAACCAGUGGCAGAGUGGUAAAUCACAUAUUAUUGUUGCCACCAUUGCCUUUGGAAUGGGCAUUGACAAGCCUGAUGUACGAUUUGUCAUGCACCACAGCAUUCCGAAGAGUUUGGAAGGAUACUAUCAGGAGACUGGACGUGCUGGUCGGGAUGGUAAACGUUCUGGUUGCUACCUCUACUACGGGUACAAGGACGCUGCCACUCUUAAGCGCAUGAUUGACGAAGGCGAUGGCAGCUACGAGCAGAAAGCCCGGCAAAAGCACAUGCUUCGCAACGUCGUUCAGUUCUGCGAAAAUCGCAGUGAUUGCAGACGUGUGCAAGUCCUCGCCUAUUUCAAUGAAUAUUUCCGUCGCGAAGACUGUGGGAACUCUUGUGAUAAUUGCAAAUCUGAUUUGGUGUUUGAAGUUCAUGACUUCUCUCAGCAUGCUGCUUGGAUCAUUAACAUCGUUCGCUGGUUCCAAAACCAAACCAAUGAAAAGGGCCAAAAGGGGGAGAACGUGACUGUGCUUUACUGCGUGGAUAUUCUACGUGGUGACUUGAAAAGGGCCAAGUCCCCUUCGCACAAGAACAUUCCAUGGUACGGGAAGGGGUCUGACCUGGAUCGAGGUGAAGCAGAGCGACUUUUCUACCGUUUACUUGGGGAGGAUGCUCUAGCGGAAGAAAAUGUCAUCAAUGGGAAGGAUUUUGCUGUUCAAUACGUCAAACUCGGUCGACGUGCGACGGAAUUUGAAACCGGCCAGCGUCAGUUGAAACUUCAAGUACGCGUGUCCCCCAAAGGCAAAAGCAAGGCAGCGGCACGACCAGCGCAAACGUCAAAGUCGGGCACCCAGGCUUAUCCUCAAUCCACAAUGGUGUCAUCCCCAAUCCAAUCCGCCCAUGACCGCCGUCAGGCUCGAUCUCAACAGCGAAACAGGCGCGUCGACAACUCUUCAACCGACGACGAGAGUGAUGGCUUUGAGCCUCUCCGAGUCGCGGGCAGGCCACGGAAUGAGAAUGGUCAUGAAGUGGGACCUCCCAUCACAAUUGAUCAAAAGAUGGAGCGACUGGAUCAUCUUCAUCGUGCCGUUGUGGAGGACUUCGAAGUGACCGCAAAGAGGUAUUUGCAGGAGAUUGUUGUGGAGAAGGGCCUUCGAUCCCAGCCAUUCCCCGACUAUAUCUUGCGAGAUAUGGCGAUCUCAUUUCCGAAGAACCUCCCAGAGCUUUCUGCUAUUCCCGGCAUCGACUCUGACAAGGUGAAACGUUAUGGCCGUCAGAUCUUGAGACUGGUGGACAAUGCCCGGCGCCGCUACCACGAAUUAAAGGAUGAGGAAGAAAGCAAUGGCAUUGUUCCUGAUCCCAACCAUCACAACGUCAUCAACCUUAGCAGCAGCGAUGAGUACAGUGAUGAUGACCUUUUUGUGGAUCAAAAUUCGACUCUUGAUCUCGAUUAUCCUAUGGAAAAUCCUCCCGACAACAUCACUAGCCGUUAUUUCCCUCCCGCGCCGUCACCAGGACUUGAUCCAGGUGAUGAUUAUGAGCCUGGCCAUGCAGCGUCGAGCUCAAAGGGUGGCAAACGCUCAUACGCGAAGCGACCUCGACGAAAGAAUAGUGGUUCCACCGGCACCUGGAAAGCCAAGGGAGCCCGAUCCAGAGCCAAGUCCGGCGGUGAUCGUGCUCCCAGUAGGUCUUCAGCUGCACCUCGAAAAACCGCCAAUGCCAAAGCCUCCAAAUCCACGAUUGGAAUGAUGCCCAUCUGA